CAAGUGCAUACUUCCACAAAUAUGGAGUGAAAAUAGUACACUACAUUGCUGAAAAUUGCUCGCGGGCGUGCAUAUAAAAUGACAUGGAACACAUGCAAUGACAUCUAAUAAGUUUUCUACCCACAACGGAAGAACAACACACCAAAUCAAAACAAACAUGAAAGCUGUAUUCAUCUUCGCUUGUGUUUUGGCUGUUGCCUUCGCUCGCCCCAACCCUGAAGCCGAGAUUGUCCGUUCAGAAUCCGAUGUCGGUCCUGAAUCCUACAAAUACAACCUUGAGACCAGUGAUGGUACAAAGAAGCAAGAAGCUGGACAAUUGAAGAACAUUGGUAGUGAAAACGAGGCUAUCGCCGUUAGCGGCAGUUUCUCGUGGGUGGAUGAGAAGACUGGUGAGAAAUUCACCGUCACCUAUGUUGCUGAUGAGAACGGUUUCCAACCACAAGGUGCUCAUUUGCCAGUUGCCCCAGAAGCUUAAGUGAAUCGAUUUGCUUAAAUUCAAGAUCGAAUUAGACUAAUAAAUAAAAAAAAUUGGUUGGCUUCCGCCAACGAAAAGCUAGAAGAAA